UCCAGCAGAAAAGGGUCCUUUUCCAACUCGCGGUUCGCCUUUCCACGUGUUACUCCUCGGUGCUUGCUUGCUUUUUCAGCUCGCUCGCUUUCUGUCCUAGACUUGGUCGGAAGGCAGGUGCUUUAUUCAGCCUCCCUCGUUGCGUCACACCUGGAGGAACGACAGUUAGCACUACCUCGUAGAGUCUGAAACCUCGGAUUCUUCACCCCGACACGCCAAGACACAACACGACUCGGCACAACACGUCACAGCACAGCACGGCUGCUCUAAUCAGCAGCAGCCAUGGCUCCCAUGCUCGCAGCGCACUCCCGAAUUCCGCUGCACCACCACAUCGGUACUCCUGUUGUCGACCCCUUUCAUCUCCGCAAAAGACCCUCGCAUACCACCGCAGAAACUUGCAGUUUUCCCCAUGCCCAUACACAUGCCCAUACACAUGCCCAUACACAUGCCCAUACACAUGCCCAUACACAUGCCCAUACACAUGCCCAUGCCCACACACAUGGCCGUUACUGCAUAGUCAUCCCCACUCUGGCGCUGCCCCAUCGCGCGCCCUUGCCCCCAUCGCCUCUGCGCGGAUACUCGCGCUACUCUUCCGCGUACUCACAGCCUUCGCCGCUCCUCCAAUCCUGCCGGAUUUCGCGCCGCGCUUCGCGCAAUCGUCGAGCGCCCGUGGCGCGGGCAGACGACGUGUCGGCGACAGAUUCGCGGUCCGUCUCCGGUAAAGGAUCGCACGCGCGAUCGCUGACGUCGCAGGAGCCAGGGGCGGCGCACCGGACCACCGCCGCCAGCAGCGCAAGCGCUCCGCGUGCGCAGAUUGGCGGAGGAGGAAGCAGUGGCGGAGGCGGAAGCAGUCUCCCGAGCAGCGCUCUUCUCCACUUCGGCUUCUUCCCUGAUGCUUCCUUGGUCACUGGGUUCUUUGGGCCCAUCACGCGCGCGAGCAUAGCGGAGUUCCAGCUGUACCACGGGCUGCCGGCUACCGGCAAGUGGGACGAGCCCACGCGCACCGCCAUGUGCCGCCGCGUGCACAGCGAACAGAAGGCGGCGAUGAAAGCUGCCAAGCACCGGCAGGAGAGGCAGACAGCAGCAUCGAAGCCUGAACAACGACACCACCACCAGCAGCAGCAGCGGCAGCAGCAGCAGCAGCAGCAGCAGUUGCCUGUGAGCGUCCCUGGCCUAGAGAGCGCCCUAUCCAGCAUGGGCAGCAGGGGCAUGGUGAUGCUGUCAGCGCCCUUCCUCCUCGUUGCGGCCGUCGCUGCUGCCGUCACCGUGCGCAAGUUCAUCAUGCCUCUUGCCUCCUCCUCUGCCACUUCCGCUUCCUCGCCCUUCCCAUCCACCUCCCGAUCUCCUCCAGUCAAGCAGCAGCAGCACCAGCAGGUUUCUGUAACACCGCUCCCUGUAUCUUCUCAUCCGCCUCCUACCGCACCCUCUGCCACGCUUUCUCGCGCCUCGUCUGAGGCCCCUCGAACUGCAUCCUCAUCGUCAUCACCAUCAUCAGCAGCAUUGUCGUCGCCGCAAGCAGGUUUCUCACUCCACACGCUGUCACUCCAGGCACAGCAGGCGGAGCUUCUGUCCCUCCACCUCACCUCCGCUGCUCCGUCAGCAGCUGCAGCAGCAGCAGCAGCAGCAGCAUCCGUGUCGGCUCCAUCAGCAUCAUCGUCAUCAGCAGCAGCAGCACAAGCAUCAGCAGCAGGAGGAGGACCUGGGCGGCGCAUAACAGUGAACGACACAGUAGUGCUGCCACCACUCCCAGCAGAGGACGGAGAAGAGGCAGCAGCAAUAGCAGCAGCAGGGGGAGCAGGCGAAUCGGAACAGCACGAGGCCUAUCUUAGCAGGCGCCAAGAUCAACAAGAAGAGAAGGAACAGCAAGCAUGGGUGGAGUAUCCUGCUUGGGAGGCGCCUCAAAGAAGGGAACCGCGAGCAAGGGUGGAGUAUCUCCCGUAUAGUGAAGCGUCGCAGGCUCCUCCGAGGUCUAGUAGGUCCGGCCCUGUGCCUGUAACGGAUGCAGUACUGGUUCCCGUGUGGGAUGGGGGAGAGGCGAGUAGCAGCGGAGAGAGACCCGUGGGAGUGGCAGGACUGGCACAAGGAGCAGGAACAGGAGGAAGAGGGGGAAGAGGGGGAAGAGGAGGAAGAGGAGGCGCAGGAGGAACACAAGGAGGAGUUGGAGGAGGAGGAGGAGGAAGAAGAAUAGCAGAAACAGCAGCCAUAGCUGGAAUGGCAGGUGUAGUAGCAAUGACGCCAACGACAGGAAUGGUAGAUGUUGCUGGUGCAGGGACUUCUAGGGCGGGUGGUAUCUUAGGCUCUGAUGGUGCGGGUGUGGGGUUAACAGGUGUAGUGGCAGGGGUGGUGGCAGGAAGUGGGGGGCUGUGGGACGGAAGUGAGGGGAAAGACGGAGUGGAGACAGAAGAUGUAAGGACGUGCGCUGAGGAGGCAAGGAUGGGUAGUGAGGCAGAGGACGAGAAGGAGGCAGAGAAAGUGGAAGAUGAUGGGAUGGAGGAGGAGAAAGAGGAGGAGAAAGAGGAGGAGAAAGAGGAGGAGAAAGAGGAAGAGAAAGAGGAGGAGAAAGAGGAAGCGAAAGAGGAGGAGAAAGAGGAAGCGAAAGAGGAGGAGAAAGAGGAAGCGAAAGAGGAGGAGAAAGAGGAGGAGAAAGAGGAGGAGAAAGAGGAAGAGAAAGAGGAGGAGAAAGAGGAAGCGAAAGAGGAGGAGAAAGAGGAAGCGAAAGAGGAGGAGAAAGAGGAAGCGAAAGAGGAGGAGAAAGAGGACGAAAAAGAGGAGGAGAAAGAGGAAGAGAAAGAGGAGGAGAAAGAGGAAGCGAAAGAGGAGGAGAAAGAGGAAGCGAAAGAGGAGGAGAAAGAGGAAACGAAAGAGGAGGAGAAAGAGGAAGAGAAAGAGGAGGAGAAAGAGGAGAAAGAGGAGAAAGAGGAAGCAAAAGAGGAGGAGAAAGAGGAAGAGAAAGGGGAGGAGAAAGAGGAGGAGAAAGAGGAGGAGAAAGAGGAAGCGAAAGAGGAGGAGAAAGAGGAAGCGAAAGAGGAGGAGAAAGAGGAAGCGAAAGAGGAGGAGAAAGAGGAAGUGAAAGAGGAGGAGAAAGAGGAAGCGAAAGAGGAGGAGAAAGAGGAAGCGAAAGAGGAGGAGAAAGAGGAGGAGACAACGGAAGAGGAGGAGAGCAAGGAGAAAUCGAGAGAGGAUGGUGAAGCAACAGAAGCACCCAGGGACAUCAAGACAGGCACAGAAGAACACGUCACAGCCAGAGAGGAGUGGGAGCGAAGGGAGAGUGGAGACAAAUUGGAGGAGACAGAGGGUGCAGAACCGGAGGGGGAAGAGGGAGAUGCAGAGUGGAGAGGGAAGGAGGCGGGAGAAGCACAAGGGUUGGUAGAUAGCAGAGAAGAUGUGGUAGAUGUGGUAGAUGUGGUAGCAGUGGAUGCAAUAGAUGUGAGAGAGGGUGGUGGGGACCGAGAUGGUCCGAGCGGGGAAGAAGAUGAGGAGAGAGGGGUUCCGGAUGUGCUUGGUAUGGCGAGCGGCGCUCCAGGGGAGAGGGUGGUGCAGGAUGGAGAGGGAUGGGUUGAGAGGCGGGAGAUAGCAGCGGAGGGGCAUGAUGUUACGGCUGAGAGUGAGAGUGAGAAAGAGAGAGAGAACUUGGAGGAGAACGGGAGUGUGGAUAAGAAUGAGAGUGUGGGGGAGAAUGGGAGUGUGGAGAAGAAUGAGAGUGUGGGGGAGAAUGGGAGUGUGGAGAAGAAUGGGAGUGUGGAGAAGAAUGAGAGAGUGGAGAAGAAUGGGAGUGUGGAGAAGAAUGAGAGUGUGGAGAAGAAUGGGAAUGAGAGUGUGGAGGAGAUUGAGAGCGUGGAGAGUAGAAGUGCAGAGAGUGGGAGUGAGGAGGAGAGGGAGGGUGUGGAGGGCGGUGACGCAGUGGCAAACGAGGUGGUUGAUGCAGUUUUGGUGCGAGACAAUGGCAGGGAGGGCAGUGCUGUAUGGAGUGCAGACAGGCAGGGAGAGAUGGAGAGCAGAGGGAGAGAGGGAGAGGGGGAGGGGGAUGAUCAAUCUGUGAGCGGGAGAGAAGAGGUGGAAGAGAGGGGGGAGGGGAAGGAGACAGAAGGAGCAGUGGGGGAAAGUGAAGUUGAGGCGAGAGAGAGAGGAGUGGUGGAGGAGAGAGGAGAGGUGGAGGAGAUAGAAGCAGGGGUGAAGGAGGAGAAAGGAGAGAUAGAGGCGAGAGAGUUGGAGGAGAGUGCAGAGGAAGUGAAGAAGACAGGGGAAGUUGGUAAAAGCGGAGGGAAGGAAGGGGAGAGUGAAAGUGGUGUAGAGAAGAUGGAAGGAGAAGGAGAGAUAGGGCAGAGAGAUGGUGGGUCAAGUGAUGGGGGAGAAAGAGACGGAGGAAGGGAGGGAGGAGGGGAGGGAGGAGGGGAUGGAGGAGGGGAGGGAGGAGGGGAGGGAGGAGGGGAGGACACAGACACACAGAGAGGGGAAGGAGUAAGCGAAGAAGAGGUAGUGGAGAGAGGAGGGGAGGGGAGAGGUAGGAUAGAGGAGAGAGAAGGAGAGGAACUGGACAUCAGAGGGGAGCACGGUGGGAUACGUGAAGGCGGAGAGGAGCGUGAAGUGGCUGCGGGAGAGAUUGGAGCAAGUGGGAUAAGAGAACUGGAGAAAACUGCAAGGGACCUCGGGUGCGAGACCCCUGGUGUGGGAGCGAGUGGUGGUGGCGGGAUGCUGGGGAGUGCAGGCAACACAGGGGAGCAGGUCGGGCAGGUGGAGCAGCUAGCAGCAGCCACAGGGGCCUCAGGGGCGAUAUGGGCCACAGGGGAUGCAGGGACAGCAGCAGCCACAGGGGCGACACUUGGCAGCAGCAUUGGUGAUGUGACGGCGGCGGCAGUAGAGACAUCGGAGAGAGGGGUUGGUGGUGAUGAGAGGGAGGAGAGGGAUGCUUGGGAUGGUGUGUGGGACGAGGGCGUGCAGUGGCAGCUGGGGGGGUGGGAGGAGGAGGGGGGUGAGGAUGCCAGUGCAGCUGCAGUGCAUGGUGACGUGGGUGUGGAGGAGUGGAUGUUUGCAGGUAAACCACAGGCAGGAGGAGGAGGAAACGGAGGAGGCGGAGGUGGAGGGGGAGGAGUGGAAGUAGGAGCAAUGCAACAGGGAGAGUGGCAAGCAGUGGGAGGUGAGGUGAGGGUCCCAGGGGAGAGUCAGGAAAGGUUCGAGGGUGAAGAGGAAAUGGGAGUGCGGGGUGAGGAUAGGCGGGGGGGAGUAACAGCUGGCCUCUAUGGUGAUGAUCCUGAUGGCUCUGGUGAUGGGGUUGCUGAUAGUGCUACUGGCGGUGCUGGUGCUGCUGCUGGUGCUACUGGUGCUGCUGCUGUUGCUGUUGCUGCUGCUCCUCCUGCCGUUGCUGUUGCUGUUGCUGCUGCUGCUGAUAGUGAAUGGGCCGACAAGGAGUUAAAGAAUGAGGAGAGGGAGUUAGGAGAUGGCAGUGGAAGGGGCAAAGAGAGGAGCGCGUGUAGUGCUGGUGCCAGUGAUAGCGAGGCAGCAGCAGCAGGCGAGGUGGUAGAGCAAGCAGUGGUGGCGGGCGAGGGGGAGGACGGAAUGGGAGUGGCGUUCAAGGAAGCAGGGGAUGGUGCCGUGGAGCUAUGGUGGUGGCAGGUGGAUGGGUGGGAUAUGGGGGAGGAGCAGGUGGGAAGUCGGGAGUGAGUAGCCAAUGGGUGGCGAGGAAGGGAGAGAACGAGGGGUCUUUGGGUAACUUGACUAACAGCUAACCAGUGCAUGCUCUCGUUCGUGGCUUGCACUUCGGGUAUAACGUGCAAAUGGAAGGAUGAAGCAAAUGAUUAGUUGAAUUGGAAGAGUUAAAUACUAUCGGUACUUUAAUCAAGAAGCUGAGAAGCG